AUGUACUCCUCCGCUAUCCGCGCCAGAAUGGCCACCUCUUUCGCUGCCCGCCGUGGCUUCUCCACCACUCGCACCCAGCUCGGCAGCCCCUACCACUACGCUGAGGGUCCUCGCAGCAACAUCCCCUUCAACCCUCUGACCAAGCACUUCUUCUGGCGCUACUGGGCCUUCAUGAUUACCGGAUUCGGUACUCCCUUCGCCAUUGCUGUCUGGCAAACCUACAAGACCAAAUAG